GUGAAGUUAUAAUUUGAUUUAGUUCAUUUUGGUGCGUCGUGGAUUGUGGUUGGUCUUUGAAGGUGCUCGAGUGAUCCAUAGUGCCUAAAGGGUGGUGUCAGUUUUGUCCAAGGGUCUGUGCAAAGGUAUCAAAAUUCAUUUCCCGCUGAUGUCCUACGGCAGCGAGACGCCGCACGUCUGGAGCAGCUCAGCAGGUAGCGAGGUGUCUCCAUACGGUCCGCUGUGGGACGCUCCGCCGGCACCCGUGCCGUAUCCCGACAUCCUGGCGUUCCCGCCGGCCGACCUUGUGUGGUCGGCGGCGGGUUGCGGCGGCCGAGCGGGUGCUCGCGUGCCUUCAGGCGGCAAGAAACCACGUCGUCGUGUCGCCUCCGUGGCACAACGUCGCGCAGCCAACAUUCGCGAGCGACGCCGCAUGUUCAAUCUCAAUGAAGCCUUCGAUAAAUUGCGUAGGAAGGUUGGUGGCAAGAAGGCGCGGCACCGUGUCGCCUCAGUCGCGCAACGUCGCGCCGCCAACAUCCGCGAGCAACGACGCACCUUCAACCUCAAUGAGGGCUUCGAUAGGUUGCGGAGGAAGGUGCCGACGUUUGCCUACGAGAAGCGGCUCUCCCGCAUCGAGACCCUAAGACUGGCCAUCACCUACAUCAGCUUCAUGUGUGAGCUGCUGCAUGGAUCUCCUCAACCUCAUCACGCGUCUCAUGCCAUACAUCCUCCAAGACAUGUGUUUGAUGCUGAAGUACCAUGGUGCGCUUAGGAGUCUGUUCUAUAAAGUUCUAUGUUUUUAU